CUUUCCCUUUGCGGAAGGAAGCUGCUCGUGACAUCACAUGAUCAAUAGUUGCCGAAAUGGCCGUACACAUAAAAGUUAAGGGAGGAACUGAUGGCAUAAAUGCCGGCCAGGCAUUGCUGCAACACAAAUUGGCUGUUACAAGAGACUACAUUUCACAGCCACGUCUCACCUACAAGACAGUGUCAGGUGUGAAUGGGCCAUUGGUCAUCCUUGAUGAAGUCAAGUUUCCAAAGUUCUCUGAAAUCGUGAACUUGACCCUCGCUGAUGGCACAACUAGAAGUGGUCAGGUGCUGGAAGUCAGCGGAUCAAAAGCUGUCGUUCAGGUGUUUGAGGGUACAUCUGGUAUAGAUGCCAAGCACACGACGUGUGAGUUCACUGGAGACAUCCUCCGAGUGCCGGUAUCUGAAGACAUGUUGGGUCGAGUGUUCAAUGGGUCUGGAAAGGCCAUCGACAAGGGGCCACCAGUACUGGCUGAGGAUUACCUGGAUAUUCAAGGUCAGCCUAUCAAUCCCUGGUCGCGUAUUUACCCUGAAGAGAUGGUCCAGACUGGUAUAUCCGCGAUCGACACCAUGAACAGCAUCGCUCGUGGACAGAAAAUCCCUAUCUUCUCAGCUGCUGGUCUUCCACACAAUGAGAUUGCUGCUCAGAUCUGUCGACAGGGAGGCCUGGUCAAGCUGCCUGGGAAGAGUAUCCAUGACGACCACUCUGACAACUUUGCCAUUGUGUUUGCAGCUAUGGGUGCUAACAUGGAGACUGCAAGAUUCUUUAAACAGGACUUUGAAGAGAAUGGCUCUAUGGAGAAUGUGUGUCUGUUCUUGAACUUAGCCAACGAUCCAACUAUUGAGCGUAUCAUCACUCCUCGCAUAGCCCUCACCACAGCGGAGUUCUUGGCGUACCAGUGUGAGAAGCACGUGCUGGUCAUCCUGACAGACAUGAGCUCAUACGCAGAGGCUCUCAGAGAAGUGUCAGCGGCCAGAGAGGAAGUGCCCGGUCGUCGUGGUUUCCCCGGUUACAUGUACACUGACUUGGCCACCAUCUACGAGAGAGCCGGCCGUGUGGAGGGCAGGAACGGGUCCAUUACACAGAUCCCCAUCCUUACCAUGCCCAACGAUGACAUCACCCAUCCUAUACCUGACUUGACUGGCUACAUCACAGAGGGCCAGAUCUAUGUGGACAGACAGCUUCAUAACAGACAGAUCUACCCACCCAUCAAUGUGUUGCCAUCUCUGUCAAGAUUGAUGAAGUCUGCCAUCGGAGAGGGUAUGACAAGAGAAGACCACUCCGAUGUCUCAAACCAGCUUUAUGCCUGUUACGCCAUUGGUAAGGAUGUACAGGCUAUGAAGGCUGUCGUGGGAGAGGAGGCUCUGACCCCUGAGGAUCUACUCUACCUGGAGUUCCUUGGGAAGUUUGAGAAAAAUUUCAUUUCACAAGGCCAUUACGAGAACAGAACAAUCUUUGAAUCUCUCGAUAUUGGAUGGCAGUUGCUUCGAAUCUUCCCCAAGGAGAUGCUGAAGAGAAUACCCUCGUCAACACUUAGCAAAUACUACCCUAGAGACGCCCAGAAGGGGGCUGUCCCUAAAGCCAGCACUUCUGCAAAGGGGGCUGAACAUAGCACACAGUUAUAGGAGCAUUAAAUGAAUAAAACAGUUAACAUUAAGGUGAACAUGAUAAGCAAACCCUGAAUUUUCAAAUGAGUCAUAUUGUACAUGUAGGAAAACUUCAUGCGAAUUUUAUAAAUAGCCUGUAAAUUCAACUAAAAAGCACAGCUCUACUUACCCAAAGCAGUCUGUGCAAUUUCAGGUACUGUUAAAAUGUUCAAAUUAUCAUUUUUCAUGUUAUGUAUUUCAUCCUCAUAUUUGACUGCAUUUGUAGACAUUACAGAACCGUUAUGUUAAAAUGUUGUUAAAUCAGUAUGCAGACAUUGUGAUAUAGAUUCAGUUUAUUUUAUUUAUCGUUAUUGUUCAGCAAGUUGUUUCCGUGAACGUAUGUAAAUUGUGUACCGAAACCACACAUUCCAGUUUCUGUGCUUAGCAAUAAUGGUUGCCUUUUUUCUUCAAAUAGAUUUCGUGUAAUCAAGUUCAGAAAUUGCCAUAAUACAUGUUAAAUUGGCUAUUAUUUGUGAAAAAAAGGAAAAUGCAAUACAAGUCUGUUGAGAAAUAACUAGUUCUUCUAAAUGCAAGUUAUAAAGGCAACAGUACUGUUUUGUGUAUGUCUUGAUUGAGUGGGUGCAAUUCAUGACAGGUCUAAGUUUGUUAACCCUUUACCACUUAGAUACGUAUUAUGUAGUCCCAUAGAAAGUAAAAAUUAAAUACCUUUCUUACUAAAUUAAAGUUUCAAAGGAUUUAUUUGCAAUCUUCCGAUACUUAUGCGCAGCAAACAGCAUAAAACCUGAACAGACAGUGACUUACUCGCAGGCUGUUCUGGUUUUAUGCUGAUUGCAAAAGCCAUUGUUACUUUGCUCCUUAUGGGGGAAAGGGUUCAUGGAUAUUUAUAAGUAAAGGUUGUGUAAGUGUAGUUACUAUGCCAUUACUGACUAGUCAUAAACUACAGUGAUGCAUACAUAGAUGUUGACAGUAAACAUGCAGUGAUGUGUCACUAAUUGAUGUUAACUCCAUUUUUGCAUUUGAUCUGUACCUUGUUAAUUGUUCAAAUUUUUUGUAAAAUAACGGUGACUUGAGGAUGAUUGCUUUUUUGACCUUUUCAAUAAUUAACUGAUAGAUACAGAUUUGCGCAGGGCAGGGUAUUUGUAUUAACAGAGAGGCUUUACACUAGUGGAUAGGAAUGUGUUAAAUCUUUAUUAAGGCAUAAGCUCUGCAUAUCCACAAUACGUCUUUCCUUGGCAAUGUACGUGUAACUAUUGUAGAGUGUAAAUAUGUUUUUGUUGCAGUAAAGUUAUUAUGAAUAUAAUCAGGAAAUGAUGGUACACAAUUGUAAACAAAAAGUUAGGUCUUGUGAUAACAUUGCAAAUUAUAUGUAAUUUUUUAGAAAUAAAAUUGUGCUUUCCAUUGGAACUGGUUAAACCCACAUAUUAAAAUUAAAAGAAUUUAAUAAACCGUACACAAAUGUUAACAGAAGUAAUCUUAAAUAAUAUUUUAUGUUAAGACAAAAAGACUCAAGAAGUCUUCAUUUCUUUUUUGUCAUUUUUCUUUUUACAUAAAAAUAGAAUAAAAAAAAUGUGUAGCCGAUUUGAAUGUUUACAUGUACUGUUUAUUGUGUUGAUUGUAUUGUAUGUAUUUAGAUACAAAUGAUUUAUUAUUCUAUGUAAAAUCCGGAUAUAAAAAUGAAAACCUGCA